UUCAGGGAAGCGGUACUGCUGACUCGGAUCCCGGAAUUACAAAAUAGGCUUCGCCGCUGGAAUGGAUUACAAUAAAAAAUGUUCUCCCCCGCCGCCGUACCCAGGGACUGCGCCGCCGCAGGAAAUUUUCCACUAUCAGCCGCAGGCGCAACAUCAUGUGUAUCAGCCGCCGCCCCAACAACACCAUGUCCACCAGCCCGUUCAUAUGACGACGACCCAGUCUUCGUCCAUGACUGUGGCUUCAUCUUCUGCUGGGGCUCCGGUGCACACGGUACAAACCAGUGUUGUUAUGAACUCAUCCAGUGAGACGCACUGUCCACGCUGCCAUACCCUGCUUCACGUCGAGGCAAAGUAUCAUCCGUCUUGGAAAACUUACUGUUUUUCAGCGCUCCUCUUUCUUGGCUUUUGCUGGCCCUGCGUUUGCGUUCCAUGCUAUAUGAAAACCUGCUAUCGAACCUCACAGAUUUGCUCCAAGUGCCAAUUUCGCUUGUCAACGUAUUGAAGAACAUCAAUCACCAAAAAAUGUGGGUCGGACUAAUACAUACAAUUCAUAUAUAAUAUUUAAUAUAUAUUUAUAAAUAAUAAAAUGUACAUUCCGGCAUGA